UUAUAUUCUAAAAGAGAAAAAAAUAACAUACAGUUAAAAAUAUUAAUAUUAUAAUUAAUAUAUAACUUCCUAAAAUAAAAAAUAUUACAAAUAAAAAAAAACGAAGGGAGUAUCUAUCACACUAUCAUCCCACAAAAAACAAUAAAUAACACUUCCUAGUUCCUCCACAUAUAACUACAUACAACCAUAAAAGAAGCCAAAAAAUAUACACUCCUUCAAUUCACACUCUUUACACCACAACCCUCAACCUUCAUUUCUCUCUUCACUUCUUAACGUACGUCACCAACUAAGAAAAAAAAACAAAGACCAAAAGAGAGAAUUUCACACCAUACAUACAUAUUAUCAAAAAAUGAUGAACAUGAACAAGUUAAAGUUAAGCUUGAUGAUGGUAACACUAUUGAUUUAUGGUUUUAUGACCAUAAAAUCUUCGGAGGCUACUACGUUGACACAACAAUGUAGCACGGCGGUGCAACAAUUGAUAAGCUGCCUAAACUUUGCCAAAGGAGACGUACCGACGCCGACGAAAGAGUGUUGCACUUCUGUGACUAGCAUGAAGGAGAAGCAGCCAGUGUGCUUGUGCUUCUUCAUAGGGCAAGCUCAUAAUGGAAGUGAGCAAAUUAAGAGCCUUGGAAUUCAAGAAGCUAAACUCUUGCAACUUCCUAGUUCUUGUCACAUUAAUAAUGCUAGUGCUACCGAUUGCCCUAGGCUUCUCGGAAUUUCUCCAACCUCUCCGGCAGCUUCCAUAUUCAUGAAAAAUGGGACAUCAUCAACACCAACGACAUCAACAUCAUCUUCAUCCUCUUCACCAACCAAUGGAGCAGGAAACAGUAUAAAUAUGAAUGGAAAUGGUGUAUUAAGCAGCUUUAUUGCAGUUUUUGUGACUGUAAUUCUAUCCGUCUCUACUAUGAUCUAGUAGUUCUUCUUUUUAACGUACGUACUCCAUGCAAAAAAAAAAUGGAGUUUUCCAAGAGCUAUAUUUUCUUAUAAUUAACCCAAAAAAAGCUCUGAAUUAUUGUUGUAAUUUCGGCAAAUUUAUUACUUAUUUAUGUCUUUAAUUUGCGGGUUGUUUUAAUAUUUAGUUUCGAGGUAGGAAUGAUUAAAUGAACACUAUUUCUUGUGAUUGAAAUUGUAAUUCAGACUAUUUAGUAUGUAUUAAUGUCAUCUUUAAUGUUCUUUA